GUACCGCACCGUCCUGUGAUUGGUCAAUCCAACGUCCAUGCUAAAUACAAUCGUUUAGGAAACGUCCGGAAGAUCAGCAUGAGUCUCAGAAAGCAGACACCCAGUGACUUUUUGAAGCAGAUAAUUGGGAGACCUGUGGUGGUCAAACUGAACUCCGGUGUCGACUACAGAGGAGUCCUGGCCUGUCUGGAUGGGUACAUGAACAUUGCCAUAGAACAGACUGAGGAGUAUGUCAACGGACAGCUCAAAAAUAAAUACGGAGAUGCUUUUCUAAGAGGAAACAAUGUUCUCUACAUCAGCACCCAGAAGAGGAAGGUGUAGAGAAAAUCAUUUUGUUUUCAUUUGUAUUUUUCCAGUUAUUGAUGUGUUUGUAGAAAGCUGUCUCAAAGCAUGUUUUUUUUUGGUUCUGUAAAGCCUGAAUACUGAAAAUGUUUGAUUUUUGUAAAAGUGGAAUUGGUUAAUAAAGUCUACAUUUGGACUGA